CAACAUAGACAACUUAUACAUUUCUCUAUUGUCCGAUAAUAAGUAGUAUAUAAAUAGACAGAAAUUUCGAAUUAAAUUCCUAUUCACUAUAACGGAAUUAAUCAUUACUGCCAUUAUCAUCAAAACUUUGCCAAAAACAAAACAAAAUGAAAUUCAUCAUUAUUGCCGCCUUGGUUUCGUGCGCUGUAGCCGUACCAUAUGGUGAACCAUUGUAUGGUCAUGGUGCCCCAUUGUUGGCUGCCGCUCCAGCUGUCUAUGCUGCACCGACAUUGAUCACCAAACAAUAUCAAACAAUGUAUGCACCAAUCACACAAAGUAAAUAUGGUUCACAAGUCAAUCAUUUGGUUGUACAACCAGCACCAAUUGUUAAAGGUGUCCCACAACCAUACCCAGUUGCCGUUCCACAACCCUAUGCUGUUCCACGACCAGUUGCCGUACCAGUUCCACGAGCAAUUCCAGUUGAUGUUCCACGUGCUGUUCCAGUUCCAAUGGUCGCUCAAGCUGCACCAAUUGUAACCAAAUCGUAUGUUGCUGCUGCUCCAGCUUAUCAUGCUGCACCAGCACCAUUGGCUUUAGGUCAUGGUCUUUACGGUGGUCUUGGUGGUGGUUAUGGCUAUGGCCACUAUUAGAUUUAGUUUUUUUUUGAUUUUUCCAAAAUGAUUGAUUAGGGGGUAAAUAAAAAACAUCACCGAAUCGUGAAAUCAAAGUGAUCGCAUAAUAUCGAAAAGCGAAAAUAAAGUUUUUAUUUAAUCAAUGUUAACAACUGAAAA